AGGUGGUGAGAAAUGACCAAGACUUAUUUUGUAGGUCGAACCAAUAGGAUUUCCUGGCCAGCUGUUUGAGGAGUAUGAGAAAGAGAUCAGAGUGAGGAUAACACCAAGGCUUUCUACAUAAUUAGGGAGUUUCGUGAGCUGAGAUGGGGGUCUGAUGGAGGAGUGGUUUGGGAAAGAUAACCAGGAGCUGUUUUCAACAUGCUAUGUUCAGCUUUCAAGUAGAGAAGUUGAGUAGGUUGUUGGAUAUAGGAAUUUGGUGUUGAAGGAAGAGGUCCAGGCUGGAGAUACAAAUUUGGAAGUACCAAUAGAAUUUGGAUGAGCUCACUUAGGGAAUGUGUGUAGACAGAGAAAGCAGUCCAUGGACCAAGCCUUGGGUCAUAUCAGUAUUUAUAGUUUGUGGAGGAGAGAAGAAAUCUCAUAAGAAAAUAUUUUAAGCCAAAGGUAUUAUGCACAUAUUUCCAAGAUAGUGGACCUAAUUUGAUGUCUCUACUCCCUAAGUAACAGUAGGGAAGUAACUUCCCUAAGUAACAUGGGAAGAAGGAACUAUGAGUUAUUUUUCUAACUGUGAUGAGGGACUUGGGCUGAGCCUGAGGCGCUUUAGUCUUCAGAGGUUGAGCUGAUAAGGAGGAACCAGUAAAGAAGAUUGAGGAGGAGCAGCCAGAAGUACAGGAGGGAAAUGAGAAGAAUUUCCCUGAAGUCAAGUGAAGAAAGCCUCUUAGGGAGGAGAGUUAAUCAGUGUGUCAUGUGUUGCUGAGAGGUCAAAUAGGCCAGGCACUGGGAGUUGCUCAUUGGAUUUAGGAACUUUGAGGUCAUUGGUGACCUUGACAAGAGCUGUGUCAGUGGAGGAGUGGGGAUGAAAACCUGAUUGGAGUGAAAAGCUUAUGAAAGCUCUUAUUUUUAGUUCCAUUUCUUAUAAAUAAUUCAAUGUUGGAUCAAUGAAGCCUACGUAGCGGAACAUCAUGCUUCUCCAGUAGGGCAUGUGAUGAGGAGCAGAGUUUGGCUUUGGCGUGCUUGGAACUGGAAGACUUGCCGAGGACUCCGAGCCCAGCCCUGACCACUGGAGAGCCCACAACACCAUGAACAAACUGAGCUUCCACAACAACAGAGUCAUGCAAGACCGCCGGAGUGUGUGCAUUUUCCUUCCCAAUGAUGAAUCUCUGAACAUCAUCAUCAAUGUUAAAAUUCUGUGUCACCAGUUGCUGGUCCAGGUGUGUGACCUGCUCAGGCUAAAGGACUGUCACCUCUUUGGACUCAGUGUUAUACAAAAUAAUGAACAUGUGUAUAUGGAAUUGUCACAAAAGCUUUAUAAGUAUUGUCCAAAAGAAUGGAAGAAAGAAGCCAGCAAGGUACGCCAAUACGAAGUCACUUGGGGCAUUGACCACUUUGGGCCCCCCAUGAUCAUCCACUUCCGCGUGCAGUACUACGUGGAAAAUGGCCGGCUGAUCAGUGACAGAGCAGCAAGAUACUACUAUUACUGGCACCUGAGAAAACAAGUUCUUCAUUCUCAGUGUGUGCUCCGGGAGGAGGCCUACUUCCUGCUGGCAGCCUUUGCCCUGCAGGCUGAUCUUGGGAACUUCAAAAGGAAUAAACACUAUGGAAAAUACUUUGAGCCAGAGGCUUACUUCCCAUCUUGGGUUCUUGCCAAGAGAGGGAAAGACUACAUCCUGAAGCACAUCCCAAACAUGCACAAAGAUCAGUUUGCGCUGACGGCUUCCGAGGCUCAUCUUAAAUACAUCAAAGAGGCCGUCCGACUGGACGACGUGGCCGUUCAUUACUACAGACUGUAUAAGGAUAAAAGGGAAAUGGAAGCCUCUCUGACCCUUGGAUUGACCAUGCGUGGAAUCCAGAUUUUUCAGAAUGUAGAUGAAGAGAAACAAUUACUUUACGAUUUCCCCUGGACAAAUGUUGGAAAGUUGGUGUUUGUGGGUAAGAAAUUUGAGAUUUUGCCAGAUGGCUUGCCCUCCGCCAGGAAGCUCAUCUACUACACAGGCUGCCCCAUGCGCUCCAGACACCUCCUGCAACUCCUGAGCAACAGCCACCGCCUCUACAUGAAUCUGCAGCCUGUCCUGCGCCACAUCCGGAAGCUGGAGGAAAGCGAAGAGAAGAAGCAGUACCGGGAAUCGUACAUCAGCGACAACCUGGACCUCGACAUGGACCAGCUGGAGAAGCGGUCCCGGGCCAGCGGGAGCAGCGCUGGCAGCAUGAAGCACAAGCGCCUGUCGCGUCACUCCACCACCAGCCACAGCAGCUCCCACACUUCGGGCAUCGAGGCCGACACCAAGCCCCGGGACACAGGGCCGGAGGACAGCUACUCUGGCAGCGCCAUCCACCGCAAGCUGAAAACCUGCAGCUCGAUGACCAGCCAUGGCAGCUCCCACACCUCAGGAGUGGAGAGUGGCGGCAAGGACCGCCUGGAAGAGGAUUUGCAGGAUGACGAAAUAGAGAUGUUGGUUGAUGACCCCAGGGACUUGGAGCGGAUGAAUGAAGAGUCCCUGGAAGUCAGCCCAGACAUGUGCAUCUAUAUCACGGAGGACAUGCUCCUGUCACGGCAGCUGAAUGGACACUCCGGGUUGAUCGUAAAAGAAGUCGGUUCUUCCACCUCCAGCUCCUCGGAAACAGUUGUCAAACUUCGUGGCCAGAGUACUGAUUCUCUUCCACAGACUAUAUGUCGAAAACCAAAGACCUCCAGCGAUCGACACAGCUUGAGCCUUGAUGACAUCAGACUUAACCAGAAAGACUUCCUGCGCCUUGCAGGUCUGUGUCAAGACACGGCUCAGAGUUACACCUUUGGGUGUGGUCAUGGACUGGACGAGGAAGGCCUCUACUGCAGCAGCUGCUUGGCUCAGCAGUGUGUCAACAUCCAAGAUGCUUUUCCGGUCAAAAGAACCAGCAAAUACUUUUCUCUGGAUCUCACUCACGAUGAAGUUCCAGAGUUUGUUGUAUAAAGUGUGUCUACAUGCAGCUAUACGGGCGGCCUGCUGUUUGCUAGAGGCGGUGAAAGCCAUGUGCUCCUUCUUGACUUAUUAUUGUGCCAUAUUUUCUUCACCCCAAACAUUGCUCUUUCUUUUUCUAUAUAUUUGAGACGGAAAUAAAAGCUUUGGGACAAUUGCACUUUAAGUGUCACACAGAGGUAAGGGAACUACGGAGAAUGUACAACAAGACAAGUGCCCGGGAAGUUCAUGGUCCUUUGAAAGGAGAUGCCUUUGCUAGUUACCAAGCCUUCAGAAUAUUGAGCUGUGGUGUGUUGGAUCAUUGUUUUGUUUUUUAGUUCAAUUACAUGUAACAUCACAUUUUUUAUCAUGUGAAAGAUGUUGUUAGAUAUUUGCUGGUAAAUUAUUUUUUCACUCCCUCAAGAAUGCUCAUGUUUUGAGGGAGAGGCAAGACGAGUCUCUUCUUUUAGUGGGGAGACCAUUGCCUAGUGUGUGGCCAUUACCGCCCACUGGGGCUGUCCCAGAGUGAACCCUCACGAAGCCGUCACAAUCCUGUGGUUCUAGCAAGCCAAAGACGCGUACAUAGCAGAGGCGUGGCCCCGGGUCAAGAAGACGUGAAUUAAGCAAUAACCAGAGACUGCACUCGCUACGAUGCCUUGUGACUCCUUCACGCCUGGUCAGUGCCCUGUCCUCCUGCUCUUCCAGAAAGCUCUAGGGCUCGGCUGAGUUCCUCAUCCAAGUCACAGAUCAGUUGUGUUCAUGUCAUAACACAUUUUGUGGGGUUUCCAAAACCAGUUUCUGUUACAGCUGUGGAAAUGUCUUAGAACAUGUUUGUGCUUGGUGGUGUUUUUUUUUUUAAUCAAGAACAAAUUAUGGUAAUACUAGUUUCUGCUUAACCAAAAUACCCUAACUAUACAUAUAUGUUAUACGUAUAUAAACACAUGAGGCUGUGUGUGUUUAUAUGUGUUUAAAGCUUACUAAUAACUUUUUAUUUUAGUUUCCGUGACUGUCUUGUCUACAUGGUUUUUGUUGUUUAAUAUGGAGGAUGUGUCACUGAAUGAAUAGUACCCGCAGACAAUCAGUUGAUAUAUAGAGUUAAGAAUAACUGUUUUCUCAUGUGUCUUUUGCCGUGAUUCUCAACCCUGGUUGCAUAACAGAAUUAUUUGGGGAGGUUUUAAAAAAAUAACAAUUUGUGGAUCACAUCCCAGAUGAGUUAAAUCAGCCUCUUGUGGUGAGACCCAGGUCGAAUUGCCUUUUCUUUUCAAGUUCUCCAGAUGGAGCCAAUAUGCAACAGAGUUGAAAACCACUGAUCCAGAGGGUGUCUCUUGUUAAUGUUGAAGUAGAAGUGUACGGAAAAUGUUAGUGUUGGAGAAAGGGCCGUUUUUAAGACGGUUUCUGCUACUACUGUUAGGGUACAUAAUGAAACCAAGUCAGGAGAGGCACUUGACCCUCACUGAGAGCAGUGGGGCCGCGCACUUGGGGAGAGUGCUUCAUUCAGCACAAGGUCUUUCUACGAGAUGUUUUUAAUGACUAAGUAUUUUACAUUUGUUUACCAUAUUUUGAUAUACCAUUUUUUCUAUCUACCAGGUUUUAUUAAAAAAAAUUAUAUAUUAUUUUCUAAAGAAACAGUCAUAUUUUUGUACAAAAUUAAGUUUUCAGGUAACAAAGAAAUAGAUUUAGGGUACAGCAGACUUGCAGUGUUACCGUGGGUGAGAGUCAGUAUUACAAACACAUGGAGAAUGUGAACACGCUCCACCUCUGCUGCCCCUCGUGUCCCCACGUGGAUGUGACAGGGCCGUGUCAACACAAGCCUCGUCACAGUAGUUUAACUGACACUUCAAAAGGCAAAAAAAGUCUGUGGAGUUCCAGAGUCAUGAAAUUAUUUUGCUUUUAUCAGAUGUUUUAAAAGAACCAAAGUUUCAGAUAUCAGAAUGUAUAGAAGUGGCUGUCUCUGUAUGAAAGGAUCAUCUAAUGACUUUUAUUGAUAAGUCAUUAAAUAAUCCACCGUUUCUUAUCGAUGCUGGAGAGACAAGUCCUGGUGAGUUUGACUCUAAAGAGCCUGGAUCAUGAUGUGUGGUGCGUUUUCUCAGCUCUUAGUAUUCCUGCGAACAUCGAGGAAAAACGUGUUUAAUUGAAUAGGUAGUGCUCUGUGCUUCGUUUUCUCUAUUCCCUCCGGAGUCAGGGCUCCCGAUUCUGCCAUCGUUGGUGUGGUUUGGCACACCCUCUUUGUAAGUGGAUUUAUAAAUAGUCUUGUGGGUUUUCAAAAAUGAAACAUGCUAAAGACAUUUUUGCUUUUUGAUCCACUGCAGCAGAAUUAUAUAUAUGUAUAUGAAAAUCCAUUUUGAAUGUCUACAUUUUUGUAUUUGGAAAUGGUUUUAAAAAAAUAAAAAAGGAAAAGAAAAGUGUAAAGCUGUUAUUUAUUCUGCAUUUGUUAACAUCCAUUGCUACUCAGCAGACCGAUGUGGGAUAUAUUGCCUCCACACGUCUUCGUUUGUAUUUGCACCAAUGAGCUUUAUAUUUACGUAAACUGUAAAUAGUCCUUUCUGUGAAAGGAUCAUCAUGUCAGGAUGAUACCAAAAGUGUAAAAAAACUGCAUUAUUUUGUAAUUAUUCUUAUAGGCAUUUCAUGGUAAGAUUAGCAGUAAAUAAAGUUACUUUUAAUUUGUC